GGCGGGGGGGAUAGUGGGGAAGGGGAGGAAGCGAGCGCGAGCGCGGAUUGGCGCCCAAACGCCGGCGCUCCCUGCAAAGACGCACUCACAGCCGAGGCGACUGGACUCGCGGGUCGCCUUGACUCCCCCAAGCCGGCGGCUGGAGACUUGUUGAGAGCCCAGAUGGAGGAGGACGUUAUGGACAAAGUGGAGGACAUGGCGUCGGUGAGGGACUUCGACCCACUCAUGGGCACCAUCCCCGCCACCAAAGUGGAGCUCACCGUGUCCUGCAGGAACCUUUUGGAUAAGGACACAUUCUCCAAGUCUGACCCAUUAUGCGUAUUGUAUACUCAGGGCAUAGAGAGCAAGCAGUGGAGGGAGUUUGGCAGGACUGAAGUCAUUGACAACACCUUGAACCCUGAUUUUGUGCGCAAGUUCAUCCUCGAUUACUUUUUUGAAGAGAAGCAAAAUUUGCGUUUUGAUCUGUAUGAUGUGGACUCCAAGAGCCCUGACCUUUCAAAACAUGAUUUCCUGGGUCAGACAUUCUGCACACUGGGUGAGAUUGUUGGAUCUCCAGGAAGCCGCUUGGAGAAGCCUUUGAUGAUGGGAGCAUUUACAUUACAUUCCAGAACUGGAAAGCCGAUGCCUUCAGUCUCCAAUGGGGGGAUUCCAGGGAAGAAGUGUGGCACCAUCAUCCUUUCUGCAGAGGAACUGGGUAACUGCAGAGAUGUGGCCACAAUGCAGUUCUGCGCCAACAAACUGGACAAGAAAGACUUCUUUGGAAAAUCAGACCCUUUCAUGGUGUUCUACAGAAGCAAUGAGGAUGGGACGUUUACUAUCUGCCACAAAACAGAAGUGGUGAAGAACACUCUGAACCCUGUCUGGCAGUCCUUCUCCAUCCCUGUACGGGCCCUCUGCAAUGGAGACUAUGACAGAACUAUAAAAGUGGAAGUGUAUGACUGGGACCGAGAUGGCAGCCAUGAUUUCAUUGGGGAGUUUACAACCAGCUAUCGAGAACUGGCACGAGGACAGAGCCAGUUCAAUGUCUAUGAGGUGGUGAAUCCCAAAAAGAAAAUGAAGAAAAAGAAGUACAUUAAUUCAGGAACAGUGACAUUGCUCUCAUUUGCCACAGAAUCAGAGCACACAUUUCUGGACUACAUCAAAGGAGGGACCCAGAUCAAUUUCACAGUGGCCAUUGACUUCACAGCUUCCAAUGGCAAUCCUUCUCAGUCUACUUCCCUUCACUACAUGAAUCCUUACCAGCUCAAUGCAUAUGCUAUGGCACUAAAGGCUGUCGGGGAGAUCAUCCAGGACUAUGACAGUGACAAAAUGUUCCCAGCACUUGGAUUUGGAGCCAAGAUACCACCUGAAGGCCAUGUGUCUCAUGAGUUCCCUUUGAACGCCAAUCCUGACAAUCCUCACUGCAGUGGGAUAGAGGGAAUCCUUGAAGCCUAUCACGACAGCCUCAAGACCGUCCAGCUGUAUGGCCCAACUAACUUUGCCCCGGUGGUCAACCAUGUGGCCAGAUAUGCAGCUGCUGUGCAAGAUGGUUCCCAAUAUUUUGUUUUGCUCAUCAUUACUGAUGGUGUGAUAUCGGACAUGGCCCAGACAAAAGAAGCUAUAGUCAAUGCUGCCAAGCUUCCAAUGUCCAUAAUCAUUGUGGGAGUUGGACAGGCUGAAUUUGAUGCCAUGGUAGAGCUGGAUGGAGAUGAUGUUCGAAUUUCAUCUCGGGGGAAGGUUGCUGAACGUGACAUUGUCCAGUUUGUUCCAUUCCGGGAUUAUAUUGACCGCACAGGAAAUCAUGUCUUGAGCAUGGCUCGACUGGCUAAAGAUGUCCUUGCUGAGAUCCCAGAUCAAUUCAUCUCCUACAUGAAAGGGCGCAACAUCAAGCCCAACCCAGCUCCACCUCCCUACACCCCCACAGGCCACACACUUCAGACCCAAAUCUGAGAACAAGAAAAGGAAAAGAGCACUUGAGUCAGGUGCCUACAAAACACAAGUCACUUUCUUGGGUCAAUUUUCUGUGGAUAGCCAUAGAGGCAGUAAGCACAGCAUAACAUGAAAAACUACAGUGUACUCUUUAGCCCCAAAAGUCCACUUUGGGAACUGUAAGCCUAGCACACCAAGAUGCAGACCUGGAAGCAAUGAUCGGUCUUGAGAUGCAGCAGCCUGGGGAAAAUGUGGGUUUAAGCAAGCAAACAAGCAAACAAACAAACAGGAAAAGCCCGGUCAUGGGCAAGGUUUUUCAUUUCCUGAUUGGGAAUAUCACCAAGAUGAAAGGAGCCUGGUCUGUCUUGGCAACGCUCUUCAGGAGGUCUACAAAUAAUUAAUUUGGCUCUUUGGAUGAGCCAGCCAGCCCCCAAAUCUUCCAAGCGCCUCUCUUUCUCUUGACAGGAGUUUCUAAAAGAUUUGGAAAUUUUACACUCCGUGUGUAGUCCACCUGCCACUUCAACUCUUCUGCCUUUCUUCCUUGCUUUGUAAUGACCCGGCUUGUGGAGUGACCUGGCGGACUGAAUAUUGUAGUCAAGUUAACUGUGUGAUGUUGCCUCAGAUGGUGUUACUGCUCUUCCUUGUACUGCACACUGCCCCUGAGUUGCUUGAUACCCCUCAUCUUCUGUGAGUCUGUCUGUGCAAGCCUGGUUUGAGUUAGUACGUGUGCCUAGUGUUCUUUUGUUAAGGCCGUGUGUGUGUGUGUGUGUUGUGAAGUCCCAGUUUUCAUCAAGAUGCCAUAUAUACUUUGAGUUGUGAAUGACACUAUGCAGAAUGUGAGUAGGGUGCUCUGAACAUGAGAGUAGGAGAACAGAGUUAGGAUUGGGCAUGAAUUAUUGACCUGGCUGCAAUCCUGUCAAUCACGCUGGUGGACGCCUCACUCAGGACAGCCGUAGGCGCUGGGUUUCUAUUUCAUGGACAUAGAUAGGCCCUUUGUCACUUCCCAGGGCUGGACUGAAACACUUUCUGUGUUGGCAGCUCAGAAGACUUUUGAAGAGUCUGAUUGUCCUUUCUUCAUUUUCACCUUUGCAAAGCACGCAACUCUUACAUAAUACUUUCAAAUCUUGGGUUACAACAAAUACCCAGAGUUAAAGCAGUCAAGCAUGGAAUUACAGCAGGUGCCUAAAUAUUCCCGUUUCCUCUCUUUAUUAAUUAUUUGAUUAUUUAUUUCAAUUUAUACCCUGUGCUACUCUCUAAGCUAAAUGUGGCUUACAUUUUAACAAGACCAUUAUUUACAUGUAAUUCUACCUACCUCUUUCUAAGAUCAGAAGGCACAGAAAGUCCUCGUUUCAAAUUUUGCUUAACUCUUUCAACCCAAACAUUUCUUCAUUCAAUUACUUUUUUGUUCAUUCUCCCCCCUCCCCUCAUCUCCUCAGUUCCAGGCUGCUGUCGCCUAUAAUUAGCCAAUCCAUCAGUGAAUUCCCUUUGUUCACACUUAACCAUCUCCUUCUACAACAGAGACCACCAAACAGCUGUCUCUUUUAUACAGUGAUGCUUAAACAGCUCCCAGAUGUUAUAUUUGACAUUCUGCAAGAAUGAUGGGUGCUAAAGAUGAAAAAGGCAGGGCUGGGAACAGGUGAGUUUCCCCUUCUGGGUCAACUGCCACUUGCAAGCUUCCGAGGACACUGCUAAUGUAAGUUACCAGUCAGAAAAAAUGCCCCGCGCCCUCAUUUUAAGUUUGUCUUUAGCAGAUUGUUUGCCACAUAUUUAAAUGUUUGUAAACAAUUACAAAUUGCCUUUCAUCCUUUGCCCUUGAACUUAACUUUAGAUGAAUCCUAUGAGAGCCCUUGCCAUCCUAGGAAGAUGACAUUCUAGGAUUCCUUGUGACCUCUGACCUUUGGGGGCAGAUUUGCUCUUGAGCAGGGUGAUUGUUUGGUUGUCUCUAAGAGAGGAUGAAAGAAGCAGUUAGCAAUUGCUGCAACACAAACAGCCCUCUUUCAAGGUAGACUUAAAUCUAGUAUGCCAAUAACAGAGCAGGGAUGAGAUUGAGAGAGAGGAAGUCAACUUUCCCCACUGGGGACUUCUAGAGCAAUAAUGGAGUAUACCUAGGUUUCUCCAGCCAAAUAAUUAGUGGCCUUGGGUUCAUUACAGUAUAGGAAAAUUGUGGGAAAUGGAGGCACAUGCCUCCUCUCCUCACAGAUCCAGGUCUCAACCACAGUUGGGCCUCUGCAUGAGUGGGAUUAAGUUCCCAGCAUGAAACUUGCAACAUACAUUAAGUCACAUGGAGGACCCCAAGAAAAUGUAAUGUAAAAUAUGUUAGGCCCUUAAGGAAUCUUGGUGGCUGGCUGGGUCAUAAACUCGUUGACAGCAAAUCAGCCAACAAAGUUUUCUUUAAUACUUCUCAUGGUGGCUUUCUUUUGUAACACCACUAAUCCAGUUCACCAGAUAAAACAAAUAUCUUCUGUUUCACCAGUUCUAAUUGACCUUUUGACUUUCUUCUUUGGUCCACUAUUGAUAUAGGAGCAGCCUCAAAUAUAACUCAGCCAGAGGAUCUGAAUUUGAGUUGAUGUGCCCAGUAGCAUAGACUUGGAGUGCAGUCCAGAAUUAUGGCCUUUCCGUUGACUUCAGUAUGAGGUAUGGACUGCUAAAUAUCCUUCUGCAAUCAUUUUGGUCUCCCAAAUUCCAGAAGAAAACAUAGCAUGGAAAUAGUCCUCUUCCUGCUUUUUCUUUGAUAUUGUUCAGCCUCUUUUCCCUCCCAAGUACCACUCAAGAUUAAAACCCUUCAUAGAGGAAACACAGAGAAGUAUAUAUAACAUGGGAGCCAGUUCUGAAAGAACAGAUGUAUUGAAUAACAUUUGCCUGUGCUAAUUUUACCCCAUCUCUGCCUGUGAAUUAUCUCAUGUCAUGUCAUUACAAGUGCAACAGAGUGCUACGUACUCUGAAGUUUCGUGCUCCAUGUCUUUGUACCCAAAGCAUGCCAAAGCAUUCCUGUGCCCAGUUAUGUGAGUCUAUAAGCAAGGAGAUACAGAUCAAACAACUUUAUGCCCUGCUGUGUAUGAACACAGUGUGCACAGGACAUGUGUCAAGCAAAGGGAGUGUGUUGUGCAUGUAAGGUCAGACCUGUUGAACCCUGGACCAAUAGAACAACUCUUGGAAUAGGUUUUGGGAUCAGCAGUAAUUCUCCAGGUAAAUUCCUUUGAGUCCAUGGAGAAAAGCUGUUACCUGUACUCCAAAACUCAAAACGUUAUUGGUUUCUGUUGUUUAUUACAUCCAUCCGGCAUGUUCCUCCCUGUCCCAUCCACCAAUAUUUUUAUUUGCAUGGUGAUGCCCUGGAACUAUUUAUGCUUCUGUAUCCUGCAUUGAAUGUCUGAUGUAAUAUGGUUUAUAUUGGAUUGCCUUAACUGAAAUAAAUUAUUCCUUUUAUUAAAA